AUGUGGUUGCUCAGUACCGACCGCGCAGAGCUCCAUUUCUUCUCUACUCCAGCGGCCGUCACCGGGGGCUAUGCCAUCCUCUCGCACACGUGGGAGGAUGACCAUGAGCAGACCUACCAGGAAAUCCGAGGGCUCCAAGAGCGGUGCAAGGCCUCUGGCAAGAACCCACGCGACAUGGUCUCUUCUAAGAUCCGGCAGACGUGUCUCCUCGCAAAGCGGUACUCUUUCGACUGGGUCUGGGUCGACACCUGCUGCAUCGACAAGACGAGCAGCACCGAGCUCUCCGAGGCGAUCAACUCGAUGUUUCGCUGGUACGCGGCCUCGGAGGUAUGCUUCGCCUACCUCGCGGACGUGCCCAGCGAUGACGUGGUUGACGCCCCCGGCUCGGCCUUCCUGAAAGCGCGCUGGCACACGCGCGGGUGGACGCUGCAAGAGCUGAUCGCCCCCCUUCUCGUCCUCUUCGUAUCUCGAGACUGGAAGAUCAUCGGGAACAAGCUCGAGCUGGGUAAAUUGCUGAACAGCAUCACGGGGAUACUGGACCUGGUGCUCACGAACCAGGCUUCGUACUCCACCGUCGGGGUCGCCUCGCGCAUCUCGUGGGCGGCUCACCGCCAGACGACGCGCGUCGAGGAUGAGGCGUACUGCCUUAUGGGCCUCUUCAACGUCAACAUGCCGACCAUCUAUGGCGAAGGGAAGCACGCGUUCCAGCGGCUUCAGCAGGGGAUCAUGCGCCAGUCCUUCGACACCAGUCUCUUCGCUUGGGGACGCUGGAUCUCACACAACAGCCAGGCGGUGCCCAUGGCGAGAAAUGUCACCUACAACAUCUUCCACGCCCCCUCCCUCGACCACUUUUUCCUUCUUUCUCAGUCUGUGAAGGCCUUCGCAAAUUCAAGAGGUCUCCGCUACUCUCCCAACGCGACAUACCCCCUGCAACCUUAUCUCCCGUAUCAAUGGAAACCGAUACAUAACGAGCCCGAGGACGGCGAGAAGCGGACGGUUGGCCCGUUCGGAGCCCUCGAGCUUCCCCAGUUCCAGAAUACCAACUACGGCAUGAAGUGUCGCUUCCCCGUCUUCGAAGUCAAGGGCGUCACCGUCGCGAUGCUGAUGACGGACAACGCCCGCGAGCACUUUGGGCUCCUUCUGAACCCGACGAACGACAAUCUCACGGACCCGUCUCGCGUGAGGUACAGUGUCGGCUGGGGCUUCGACCUGUCCGAUAACCGGCGCUCAUUCGUGCGCCUGGUGCACAUGGGCAAGGACUGGUACAACCUCUCGUUCCUCGGAGAACCCGUCAAGCCCGUCUGGCGCGACAUCCACAUCAUGGACACCUUCCCGGAGUACCGCAAGGUCGACCGCGUCACACUCGCCUACCCACUGCACACCCUGCUCCCCGCGUCGCCCUUCCGGAUACCGCACUGGCUCAUCAACCGGCUCCUCCUGCUCGACUUCGAGGCGAGCAACAAGCCGAUGAUCAAAAGUUCGCAGAAGGACGGACCCGGGACACCGCUCGUCGUGCAGAUGUCGUUCGACAGCGUCGCGCAGACCGAAGGCAUCCGCCUCCGCUUCGGGACGUGCUUUCCCCUCCUCCCCCCGCCCGCUCCAGCAGGGCCCGGCCAGGGCGCCGACACGGCGGAGGACCAGGACGGGAACCCAGGCGAGCCCGCGCGCGGCCCGGAGGUGCACUGGGCGACGGCGCAGCCGAUGCACGCGGCCAACUGGCGGACGACGCCGCCGCCGAUCGGGCACGACUGCGCGACGGACCACGUGGACGGCUGGCCGGGGUGGGCGCGCGAGUUCGUGGACGAGGAAGGGGCGCGGGUCGUGCGGCUGUCGUUCCUGCGCUCGCCGUUCGCGCCGGAGAGCACGCGCGUGUUCCACCUCGAGCUCGCGGGGGGAAGUACGAGCAGAUGA